UAUGCCUGCGCCCUCGCCGCCGACAUACGCGCAGCCCACCUAUGAAUCUGUCCUGACACCUCCCCCAAUGGCCACCCCUCAGCUCAGUGCCGGCCCGACGAUGACCCCAGCUGAGAUCGGAGAGCAGUAUCGAGCGGGACUGUACGCCCAGUGUGCACAAGGAGUCCACCAGCCCACUACGAAAUAUGGCGUUUGCGGUAUCAUCACCGCAGUCGUGUGUUUCCCCAUCGGACUUAUCUGCUUGUUCUCGGACUCUGAACAAAAAUGCGAUCGUUGUGGGGUCAAAUUAUCCUGAUCGAGUACACAAGUAGCAGCAAUCGCAAUGAUUAGCAUGGUAAAAAUAUGGUCACACUGAUCUCCCUCAACAUGCAUGUCCUUGACAUUCGACACAAGUAAGCAGUGCAUCACC